UCUAAGGUAACCCAUCCUUUUAACUUUAAUUUUUACCUAUAAAUAGCCCACUCUCACCAUGGAUUCUUCUCUCACAUUUGAAUUCCACCAUCAAAUUUAUAUAAUUUCUCUUUUUUAAAGUAGGAAGUGCUUCUUUCCACCUCCCCCACAGUCCUCAUCAACAAAAGUGUCGGACUUAGAGAGCAUAGUCGCACCAAACCAGAGCUCAGCCAUGGAUGCCGAACCCCAAAACCAACAGCCAGAAGACACACCAGCUCAUAAGCCACAGAAGCCCAGCCACGCCACCUCCUUCAGCAUAUGGCCGCCGACCCAGCGCACCCGCGACGCCGUGGUGAACCGCCUCAUCGAGACUCUCUCCACGCCGUCCCCUCUCUCCAAGCGCUACGGCACCUUGUCCGCUGAAGAGGCCUCCGCGGCCGCCCGCCUCAUCGAGGAUGAAGCCUUCGCCCCCGCCGGUGGGUCCGCCGCGGCCGAGGAGGAUGGGAUUCAGAUCCUGCAGGUCUACUCCAAGGAGAUCAGCAAGCGUAUGCUCGAUACCGUCAAGUCCAGGACAGCCUCUGCUUCCGCUGCUCAAAACGGUGCGUCGGAGUCCGGGAACGCGAGCUCUGUUGAGGACCCCACCGCUGCUGCCCCCAGUGAGGAUGCCAAGACCGAACCCUAGUGAUCUCCUUGUGUGUUUUAGGGCAUUUUAGCUUCAAAUUUAGGGCUUCCAUUUCGAGAUCUAUUUCGUAUUAGUUAUGGAUUUCUUGUGAUGCCCAUAUACUAUUAUGACUUGCUAAAUAUUUAUAUGCUUAGGUAUUAUCGCAAUACGCUUCUGUUUUCUGUGGUUUAUAUCAUGUGGGUUUCUGUUGAGUAUUGAUCUACUGGUUUUUUAUCUGCUUUGUUCGGGGAUGUUUGUGCUGAAAAUGUUUAUAAUGAAGUGGAUGCAUUUUGAAUUUGGAAAA